AUGCCCCCCUCGGACGAGGACGAAAUCUGCUGUGCUUUGGAUCCCACGGUCAAGACCUCCGUGAAAAUUUUGCGCGAAACGCCGCUAAAGUAUCAGUCGAGUGACCACAUAAAUAAUCUUCAAGAGGAGAAGGAAAAUUUUCUCAAGUUUGGCAAAUUGCCCAGGUUCAAAUUCGCUGGUUCUGUCGACUGGCUUGGAAUCGACAAAAAGAAGACAAGGAUUCGAUUCGAUUUUUUGCCGGAAGCCAGGUACAUUUUGGAGCGCGUACGAGAUGCCUUCGGUACUGGGGAUGUGUUUUUGGAUACUGCGUUUGGACAAAGGAUAUCGCUUGGUCAGGCUUCCCGAACUGUCUUGCAGUAUUUAAAAUCGCACGGUUUGGAUGGAUCUCUGAAAGUUGUUUGGACAAACGAUCUAAACGGCAGCGGAAAAAUGCAGUGGCAAGGCCCUAGUGUGCGCUAUAAUCGCCCUGAGGCACGCAAAUUCACCUUAUGGCUUAAACAAAGCAGUGAAAACGUCUAUCUUCGGGAACAUGGAAUAAAAAGUUUGAUGAACCACGAAAUUGGGACUCAUUUUGUAUCCUUUUUCACCAAGUCCUUUAAUCAUCUGAAAUGUUAAGUAAGUUAAGAUCUCCAUCAAUUACGGGUUUUAUAAUCUUUUUAUCCUGUGGGUGUACCUUACAAAUGCUGACGCUUUAGCCAGAUUUGUCUAAUCAAAUCAAAACGUUUCAUUUUAAACUACAGGAGUCAGUAUUGCUCUGUCUGUAAUCCAGUGAUAUUUUCAGGUUUAAAAUGAAAUAAGCUCGCUUUGAUCUACUUUAUGGUAAAAAUGGUCGCGGUAUUAGUAUUAUCGAUCGAUGGGAAUAUGAAGCCAAAUACAUAGAUCUUUUGUCGCAGGUUAAAUUUACGGGAAUCAAGAUUUAAUUCCAUGUUUAAGUAUCACAAAACUUCGGGUUUAUCACGUAAUAUUUCUUCGAUCUUUACGUUGUUGACAUUUUCUGUGUCCCUGUUAGCAAUUUACCGGUUUAAUAGAUCAGCUGACAGGAAAUUAUCAACACGUCACUUCAAUGAUUGUUCUUGCGACAAGAUAAACAUCCGACGUCACGAAAUCGUCAAGGAAGUUGUUAACACCGACCAGGCGCUUGAAUAGGGGCAGUUUCUCUUCUUUUUCUCACUCUGCGAGAUAAAAAAAAGAGGGGAAAUGGAUGCGCAAAGCUACUGACAGGGCGAAUAGAGGAACUACCUAUCGCCCUAUCGCGGCAAUCUUUCUCACGCGCGCUUUUUAAAACAGGAAAUCAAUUUUCUAGCCUCCACUCUUUCUUUUUGGCUCUCUCUUUCUCCCGCAAUCGCUCCCUUCCCAAAUCACGCGCUUCCAAUAUCCCUUGACCUUGUUUUGGCGACUUCCCUCUGCCUGCUAUCUGAGAGCUAGUGAGAGGGAAACAUCAACUGAUGAGGGUACUCUAUUUCAGGAUGUCAAUUUUUUUCUCCUUAUUUUCCUUAAUUUGUGAUUCUCUUCGGUAGCUUCGCGCCGUGAAUGAUGGAUUGCAGCCGUGGUAUUCAAACAGGAAAAAUUUCGACUUGCGCACUCCAAAGUCUUACACCGGUAUGGUCAAUGAAGAAGGAUUAGCGGCUAUAAACACCAUUUAUGAGGCUCAAGUAAAGAUGCUGUUUCUACCCGCCUUGCUGUAUUGUAAGUAUGAAGAACAUUUGUAGCUAUGAUGUAAUUGCAAGUGUGCGCCAUGGAGGUAAACGGAAUUCUUUGCACUUUCUUCUUUGUUGCAAUCCGGCCUUGAGACGAGUAAGAAAAGCAGUUUGCAAUUAUUGGGCGAACACGGACUUGAAUGAAUGGCAAACACCUGACCUAUUUACACAGAAGAGCCCCUCGCUGUAUUAAGUCUAUUAAGGAGCCAAAACACUACUAUGCAUGGCGGGGUUUAAGUGAACCAUGACUGCGGAGACAGGGAAAACGUUGGCUAAUAAAAUGAAUUCACGUACUUUCAAAGGUGAUAAUUUUUAUUCCAAGCUGCUCAGUAUGUCAAAUGCAGGCGAAAUUUCCUAGAGUUGAAUUCAUAAGGACCCCAACCAACGGGAGAGUUGAAAAAACUGACCCCCACUCCGCGGACUACCCACUGACCCCACUCCGCGGACUACUCUACGGACUACUCCGCGGACUACUCUACGGACUAGUCCGCGGACUACCAUGCGGACUACCCUAACUAAUCAACCAAAUUUACUUUCACGGAGAAAAGAGUUAGAAGAAGCGUACCUGCCUACAAGAUCACACUUGAUAAACAGCCGCCAUCUUGAUUUUCGCCAUUUUACUCGACCCAGCUCUCCUUUAGCCUCGCCCCAGUCUUCAUCGGCCACAAGUCAGAGCACGCCGUUCAGCCAAUCGAUGACCACUAUUGGCGCUGGUAACAGUUUUUGUUAUAUUCAGCUUAAAAAUGUUUUUAAGAACUUACUUAUAGCCGUGCUUGGAAGUCACCAUAUUUUUGGAUUCACCUGGCCCACAAGGCCCUUGGAGACGUAUUCUCCUACGUAGGGCACGCAGUCGUUAUUUGGAUCGUCACGCGAGGUUUGGAGAGAAGCGUUGCGUGACGAUCCAAGAACGGAAGCUGCAAUGGACGUAGCAAUGAAGAAGAAGGGCUGGGUCGAGUAAAAUGGCGAAAAUCAAGAUGGCGGCUGUUUAUCAAGUGUGAUCUUGUAGGCAGGUACGCUUCUUCUAACUCUUUUCUCCGUGAAAGUAAAUUUGGUUGAUUAGUUAGGGUAGUCCGCAUGGUAGUCCGCGGACUAGUCCGUAGAGUAGUCCGCGGAGUAGUCCGUAGAGUAGUCCGCGGAGUGGGGUCAGUGGGUAGUCCGCGGAGUGGGGGUCAGUUUUUUCAACUCUCCCCCCAACCAAGUUAGAAAAACUCGUCGUUUUGUGUAAACGUCCUCCGCACGGUUGCAUGUCUUACAGAAUUUCAUAUCGCGGUCGUGCAGGGACGGCAAAGAAACGUACCGAAAAGCUUGAUGUACUUUUAGAGUCGUUGUUUUGCUCAUUAAACCUACCUUUGCUCAAUAAAUCUACAUCUUGACCUUAUCGUUGCCGCCGCCGCCGUCUUUUUUUGCUAAAUCUCCCUGACCUCAAUUAGGCGCCACACUCUCCAUGCGGCAAUUACUAUUUAGAUCUGGAAAGCGAUAUAGACCUUCAAAGCAAACAUACGUUUUUUCUGUGCUUUUGUUAUCGUCGUGAAGAUAACAAGACAAAGAAAGUUAGGUUACUUAGUGGUGUAAUUCGCAAUUUCAAUGCUUUGAAUAAUCGCUUCCCUCAAAUAAGCUUCGUACCCGGGUCGAAAACUUUUAUGAGCACGCGCACACUCUCUUUCCAUUACAUACCUUUUAUGGAUUGCCUUUAAAAGCCAACUGAAACCCGCCUCUUCAGAGAAGCAGAGUAUUUGCUUUUUUUACGUUAUUGCAUUUUAUGAUAUGUUGCAACGUUAGAAUCUUAGCAGAUUAGGUGUUCUUACUUCGUACUUUUUCUGAGGCAUCAAUUGAUUAUAAAUAGAUCUUGCCAUUGAAUUUAGAAGUGACUUAGAAACUGCCAUUGGAAAUUAGUGGUGAUAACGCCAUAUAGAUUAACUUAUCAUUGCUAUUAUUAUUAUUUGUUGUUGUUAUUGUUGUUAUUAUUAUUAUUAUUAUUAUUAUUAUUAUUAUUAUUAUCAUUGAUUUUAAUCUUACAGACACUGCAUGUAUGUCAACUGAAAUGUCCUUUAAGGAACUGUUCGAGCAUCUGGCUAUGUACAUAUAUGAUCCAGAACAGCGGUGGAAGCAGGUGGUUCGAGCAAAGCGCUGCCUGACAGACUGCAGUGAAGUAGGAGGAUGCGGCUACGAUCAGUGUUAUUUUGAAGGUAGGUCUGUGUAAUGGUAAGGUAGGUGUUGCGUGUUGGUCUACGACACAAGUGAUAAAGGGGCUUAAGCAACAGCGACGACGACGGCAAUGAGAACGUCAUAAAAGCAAUAGGUUUAGAUUAGAAAAAAAUAAUAAUAAUAAAAUACGUCGUACGCGAAAUUCUGCAGACAGGCAAAAAAAAGGAAGGAGGACCGCCUGACCACAGGUUAGUGCAGCUUCUCAAUUAAGAUUCCUAGCAUGCAAGCGACGUCUUUAUUCUUAUGUAUCUUUCUUGUAGGAGCUGUGAUGAUUCUACGGCAAGUUAACGAAAUUGACUUCAAGCUGUUAUACGCGGGGAAAAUAUGCUGCGAUGAACUGCAAAGAAUCAAGCGCAUCGCUCGACAGGACUGUGUCAAGCUGCCACACUUCUUACGAGACAUCGUAACUUAUAAGAAAACUCUAAACGAAAUUGCUCUUGCAAAUGGAUUGAUACAAAAAAUCAACAGACCCUUAUCCUCUGGUAAUACCACUCGCCCAAAAGGCAGGAAAAAGAAAUCAAAAGUGGCGCCACUAGAUCGAGUUCCAUCAAGAGCUUUAAGUUGCCCUUCUAGAACACGCAAUGGAGUUCAGAGUUCUGUUGCUCGGCCGCUAAGAAUUCUUUCCCGGCGAUCAAGCACGUAUAGACGUCUAUGCACCAGUGUGGCUUCUUUUGCUCCUUUGCUACCUUAGGCCUACUUAGUUGGAAGGAAACAGUUAGACAACUCAGCGCUUUGCUUGUAGAGUUGUUGCCGGAGUUCUAUUGUGUUUCGAGUUAUAUUGCAAAUAGACCUACGAGUAGUCCCCAUUUUUCCUCAAGGAUAGUAGAGCGAGCGAAACGCGAGCGCGCGUGAAAAUAAGCCCACGCGAGAAAAGGCGACACGCGGCGGGGAGAGAGAAAAAUGAAAAAAAAUUUUCUCUCUCCCCGCCGCGUGUCGCCUUUUCUCGCGUGGGGUGAUUUUCACGCGCGCUCGCGUUUCGUUCGCUCUACUAUCCCUGAGGAAAAAUGGGGACUACUCGUAGUCUAUAUCGCAGAGUGCAGCGUGCAGCGUGAAAAAUGUAUAAACCAGAAACUGCCGCUUACGAGCCCUGGACUUAUACAUUAUCUCAAGGGCUAGUGGGGCUUAUAAACGGGGAGGGGG